CCGGGAUGGACAGUCGUCUCGGCGGCGCGGCGGGGCUCGGCGACCUGAACCCGCUGAACUCGGCCGCCAUCCCCGCCACGCGCGUGGAGCUGUCGGUGUCGUGCAGGAAUCUCCUUGACCGAGACACCUUCUCCAAGUCGGACCCUAUUUGUGUCCUGUAUGUCCAAGGAAUUGGCAAUAAGGAAUGGAGAGAGUUUGGGAGAACAGAAGUCAUCGACAACACGCUGAACCCCGACUUCGUCAGGAAGUUCAUUCUGGACUACUUCUUUGAAGAAAGGGAGAACCUGCGUUUUGACCUGUAUGAUGUUGAUUCCAAGAGUCCUAAUUUGUCCAAACACGAUUUCCUGGGACAAGUAUUCUGCACCCUGGGAGAGAUCGUCGGGUCUCAGGGGAGUCGCCUGGAGAAACCCAUCGUGGGGAUUCCAGGCAAGAAAUGUGGCACCAUAAUCCUUACAGCUGAGGAGUUAAACUGUUGCAGGGAUGCCGUUCUAAUGCAAUUUUGUGCAAACAAAUUGGACAAAAAGGACUUCUUUGGGAAAUCUGAUCCUUUUCUUGUAUUCUACCGGAGUAAUGAAGAUGGAAGCUUCACGAUCUGCCACAAGACUGAAGUGGUGAAGAACACACUGAACCCCGUGUGGCAAGCCUUCAAGCUCUCAGUGCGGGCGCUAUGCAACGGUGACCAUGACAGAACCAUCAAGGUGGAAGUGUUCGACUGGGACCGAGAUGGGAGUCACGAUUUCAUCGGCGAGUUCACAACGAGCUACAGGGAACUCUCCAGAGGGCAGUCGCAGUUCAAUGUGUAUGAGGUGGUGAACCCCAAAAAGAAAGGGAAGAAGAAGAAAUACAUCAAUUCAGGCACAGUGACCCUGCUGUCCUUCUUGGUGGAGACAGAAGUCACUUUUCUGGACUACAUCAAGGGCGGAACACAAAUUAAUUUCACAGUGGCCAUUGAUUUCACCGCAUCCAACGGGAACCCCGCACAGCCCACUUCGCUGCAUUACAUGAACCCCUACCAGCUCAAUGCCUACGGCAUGGCGCUGAAGGCCGUGGGUGAGAUCGUGCAGGACUACGACAGCGACAAGAUGUUUCCUGCACUGGGAUUUGGGGCCAAGCUGCCCCCCGAUGGGAGGAUCUCCCACGAGUUCGCUCUGAACGGAAACCCACAGAAUCCAUAUUGUGCGGGCAUCGCGGGCGUGUUGGAGGCCUAUUACCGCAGCCUGCGCGCCGUGCAGCUCUACGGCCCCACCAACUUCGCACCUGUCAUCAACCACGUGGCCAGGUAUGCGGCCUCUGUCAAGGAUGGCUCCCAGUACUUCGUGCUCCUCAUCGUCACAGACGGCGUCAUCUCGGACAUGGCACAGACCAAGGAAUCCAUCGUGAAUGCCUCCAAGUUACCCAUGUCCAUCAUCAUUGUGGGUGUGGGACCUGCGGAGUUUGAUGCCAUGGUGGAGUUGGACGGUGAUGAUGUCCGGGUGUCGUCCAGAGGGAAGUUUGCCGAGAGGGACAUUGUACAGUUUGUGCCUUUCCGGGACUACAUGGAUCGGAGUGGAAACCACAUCCUCAGCAUGGCACGGCUGGCCAAGGACGUGCUGGCCGAGAUCCCGGAGCAGUUUCUGGCCUACAUGCGGGCUCACGGCAUCAAGCCCUCGCCAGCACCGCCCCCCUACACACCCCCAACACAUGUGCUGCAGACACAGAUCUGACCAGCCCAGCCUGGCCCGGGCCUGAACACCGAGCGUUCCUGGAUCCAAACCGAAUCUUCUUCCUAGACCAAAACUGUAAAUACGGUGGUUGCAUGAGCCACAGGAGACAUUACUGAGCUGCUUGGAGCGAGUUCCGGGUGUCUUGGGGGGCAGGGGGCAGACAGCCGGUUCCCAGCAUGCUGCUGGGGAAGACACAGCGAUUCUGAGCUCAGCUCCUAUCCUUGGCCACGUGUGCUGACGUUUACAUGUUACUCCUUUUGAGACCUUCAGCACUUUUAUAACUGUUCUUAAGAUCUGACUCUCCAAUCCACUGUCUUCUCACUCGCAAUAGCCACAAUCAGUAGAGCAAUAUUUGCAAGCGGCUACUGGUCCUGGGGAAGGAAGGGGGGACAGGCCGGCAGGACACCUGGUGGUAGGCAUGUGUGGCUAGGGGGUCUACUGGUCAGGCCGGUCACGAGGCCCAGUCCCUUUCCUGGGGUGCCAGGUGCACAGUCGGACAUGAGCACCCAAAGAGAGGAUCCCGUCCCUACCUGUGCGUCUCAGAGCAGAAGUCGGACUCUGUCCUUCUGCCCUGUCUUGUCUACUAUGUACUCUCGGGGGCUUUCUUGCUGGGUUUCCUACCAGACCCUCCCGCACCCCCACACAGCACACACGGGCUGGGAUCUCCCAUGAUGUGAUGUGAUGUGGCCUGUCAGAAGCCACACUCGUGCCUGACUUGCCGGCUCCCACCCAGGCCUCUCAGCGCUGCGCAUGACGGUCCCUGCCGGAGCCCCCCAUGUGCUGAGAUUGUGUCGAUGUGACCCGGAGCACUUUAGAAUAAUGGCCUUAAAUUCCCCAGAGCUCCUGGAGGGAUCGUGAGCCGCCUUCAAUGCCGAGAGAAGCGGGUCUAUCUUCCCCAUUUCCACCACACAGCUGCUUGGGCCUCUGUCCCUUCCCACCCCUUUUCUCCUGCGUUUUUCCAUUUCUCACUCCCUUGGCUCAAGUUGGCUUAGGGUGAUUUUUCUACGCAUGAAACCAUUUUACUGAAAAGGAAAGCUCUACAGAGAUUUCUCUUCACUUAUCUCUCAGUGCUCAUGUCAUGUUCUCUAACUGUGUAACAUACACACGUCCAUUUUUAAGUAUGUAUUAAACUCUUUGAAAGGA